ACCCGGAUGUCAUCUUCUUCGCUUUUGUUUCGGCAUUCAGCUCAGUAGCCCACCCAUCGAUUGGUGUUUGUUUCCCCCACAAAAACAAAUCCACAAUGUCGGGUUCGUCAAAUCUUGCAGCUAUGAAAAAAAUCGUACAGCAGCUCCGUUUUGAAGCGAGCAUAAACAGAUUAAAGGUCUCCCAGGCAGCUGCAGACCUUCAACAAUUUUGCAUACAGAAUGCUGUGCAGGACCCUCUGCUUACUGGUGUGUCCUCCAGUACAAACCCCUUCAGGCCACAGAAGGUCUGCUCCUUCUUGUGAAACCACUGUAUUCACGGUCUUCAGUUUGAUUCUACAGGGAAAAGUUGACCUCUACACUGCUCCUCAUGCCAAACCAUUGUACUGCCACAGGAUCUCUUGAGUAUACAACACAUUGUCAGGAAGAUAACCUUCUAUUUUCGGUCACAGUAGAAAAAACGAAGCACACAGUGUGAUUUUUGAGUAAAUUAUUGUGCCUUUUCUAUCAUUCUAUUUUAGCCAUCACUGUUCUGGACUUUUUUUGUAUUUAAUGAAUUAAAAAACAUUCUUUACUA